GUAAUGUUGGUCUUUGUCCUGUCUGUUAAUUUCUUUUAGCUUUUCCAGAAAUUGACAAGUAGCUGAUGCUCUGUUGUGUAUUUUUUUUUUUUUUUUACUUUGUUAUAUUUUCUUUAAGCAAAAUAAAUUUGAAAGAGGGAGUCUGGGUGCAGGAAACAAAAUAGGUGUGGGAAGAAAAAUAUUGAAAUGUUUUGUCCACACGCUUAAUGUUUUUAUAUAGUUUUAGUUAUAACUAAACAUUAGCAUGAUUAAUAGAUUAGAUUUCCUAAUAGAUGUAUGUUGUACAUUUUUGGGGGGAAAAGGCUUUAUAAAAUAAGACCCUUGUCUUUCAGUUUGAUCUGAACAGGCAGACCCUCCGCCCUGUGCACAGUCCUCAUUGAAGUCUUUGUUGCCCUGCAAGAUUGCAGUGUUCUCCCUGUGUAGCCUGAUUGCAGUUUAAGCCCAGUGUGCCACAUAAAAAAAAAAUUGAACUUCAUUUAAUUGUCCUUUUAACAAAUUAUAACAUGAACUGUAACCUGGUUUAAACAAAUUUUAGAUAAGUGUGUGUGCACUUAAUCUCUUAAUAUUAGACUGACUUCCAAUUCUUGUGUUGAGCAUGCACCUGUGUCUAUUUGACUGAAAAAAGUUUCUCUCUCUGAUAAUUCCAUGGUGAUAAUCCAAAUUACUAUUUAAUUGUAAAGCAUAGUAUUGCUAGUCAAAAACUUUCCUUUAAGUCAGUGCACCCAAAUUGUUACUGGGAAAAUAUCUCAUGUGCACUGAAUAAACUUGCAGUUGUAUAUAUGCUAAUGUAUCUUUUUUGACUUUUCUAGGCCUCUGCAGUUUAUUGCAUUUUCCUAUAGAAUGUUUCAAAUGAAAAAACAGUUUUAUAGUUUCUAAGACGACAAAAAAAAAUUAGUAUUUACCGGAGAUUUGCUUUUAAACGUAUUGCUGCCAAAAAUGUUUGGUCAUAAAUAGUACUUUUUCUUAACAUGCUAUUCCCAAUGAUCUGAAAAUGAUUUGCAAACUAUGGCUCUGCUACUGCAGUUGGGUAACAUAGACAGAUCUCUGCUGUUAGGAGAUGCUCAAUGACUUCUUUGGGACUCUUUGUGGGAUUGCCAGCCUGCCUGAGUCAGAUGGUAGACCUUCUCAGCCAUUUGUCUAUGGAAAUAAUUUUCUCAAACAACUGAAUUAAAGCAGUCUUUAAGGUGAACAUAGCAGCUGUUUACCUUGCAAAGCAGUAUAUCAGAAUGAUUUAACAGUAAAUUUGUGAAGAUCAAUUGCAGUAAGUGCAGAAAUACCAUAUUUUCUCGCAUACCACCCCCCCCCCCCCCAAAUAAGACACAUGCCUUGUUUUGGGAAGGGAGAAAUGAAGAGAGAGAGAGGUUUUUUUCCAGAGUCCUAGCCAAAUGCUGAGUGCAAGGAGCAAGGGCAGAAUCCAUUCUCCAGUGUCAUUUGCCCUCCCUGGCUGCUCAGCCAUGAAGUAGAGUUUUGAUGUGAUCACAGGUGCUGUUGACUUGGCUGUUCAGCCAAAAGCUGCAGCCAAUUUGACUGUAGCUGUGAGAGGGUCAAAACUCUGGCUCUGACACUGAACAGUAGAAUCCACCCCUGCUACAUGCUGGCUGGGAGAGAAGCACAGCCCCAGGUAGCCUUUUCAGCAUCUCCUUGUUACCAUUUUGGCAUGGAAAUCAGCUUCACUGUGUAAGGCCCCCCCAGUUUUGGAGGGCUAAUUUCUGGAGGGAGUGGCAUGUGGUAUGUAAGUGAAUAAUGUGUUGAAUGCCAGAUCUAACCAGUAUGUUAAGUCAUCUUUAAGCCUUAAAAUUGGGCUUUUUGGUUCAACAAAAUUCAUUGGCUGUUUUGGGUUUGCUAAUGAUGACCCUAGAAUACCUUAGUUGGCACAGCAGACUUGCCAAAACACAUCUGGGAGGGCACAAGACCUGGGCUUUCAGAUCUGAUACAUCCUGGGGUGUCUCUAGCAAACUUAAAAGAGCCUAGAGGUUUUCAUGGAACCUAGAAAAUAUAUUUUUAAGAAAAUUAUUUCAAUUUUAUUCAUUUUUAAUUACUCCUACAGCCCUGUUAAUAUGUAUGGGGGAGGUCUAUGUUCACCUUGUAGCAAAGGAGAAAAAUAUAAAAUUGCAUCCAGUUUAAGUUGCAUGGAGACUAGGCACAAUGUAUCUGGUUUGAUACCCUUGGAAAAAAUUGUAAAAAGAUCAUUGAUUACAAAUGUUCGGAAAUUUUAGUUUUAUGUCUCAUCCAAAAGAUCUUAAUACUGGUUCAGUGCUGCCUGAGAGGGAAGGCUGCUGCCUAACGAAACAACAACCUUUCCUGGGUUUUCUCAUGAUGAGAUCACUGCCUGAGGUGAUUUGGCAGCAGGCAGGUAAAGGUGCAUUUUUUUUGUCUCUUUAUGGUAGAUGAUGAGAGGAAGAUUAAACCCAAAGUUAUCAGAACACAUUUUUUUACCUCCUUGACCAUUUUAACUGGUUUUCUUAGCUGACUGAUAUUCCAAGUCACUAGGACUCAAAAGAACAAUACAGUUUUCUGUAUUAAACAAAUUUUGAAGUUUCACACUGGAAAUAUUCUGUUUUCAUGUAACUUUUUUACAAAAUCAUGUUGAUUUGUAAAUGUAGUCUAAAUUGAUAGUAGUUUAACUUCGUAAGUAGGUGUGUAAUAUGCAUGGCAGCAGAGACCAUAGUGCAGUAUUUAUUUAUAUACAUUAGUUGGACUAUAAGUAGGACUGUUGCGGUAUAUCACAGGCUUUAUAGGUAGCAAUGGCUGGAUUUUACCGAGAAUAAUGCUCUUGGCUAACACUGCCGUUACUGAAGCAUCCAAUGUACAGAUAAGAAACUUGAGGAAUGAUAGGGCAGGAAGGAGGAAAGGUUAUAAGAGCUUGGUUGUGAAAAAAAAUAAAACCCAACAUUUUGAGUGCCUGUUUAAAAUGUUAUUUCAAAGGAGUAAUUGGAAGGAAACAAGAGUGAAAAUUAUGCUAAUUUUGUAGCAUUCACAUAGAUACUUCAACAUUAGCCAUCUUGCUAAUAAAAAUGUGAUAAAAAAUUAAGUCAAAUUUCAUCACGCUGUCAAAAUGUUACUCUUUCCUUUCUGUGUGUAUCACAGGUUUUUCUUUAAAUGUUAUAUUUCGAGAAAGCAAAGGUUGAAACAUAACAGAUGCCACCAUAAUCAUCAUUCUAAACUUUAUGUCCACAUUUUCUGAUAGAUGGAUUUUGACUAUUAAUUUGGUUUUGUAUGUUUUCUCUGUGUGAUAUUUGUGCAUUAUUAGAUGACUAGACUGGCCAAGGCAGACCUGUUACACUUGCCUGAGUUAGGCAUUGUUUGCCAUGCCACUAAACCUGCCGUCAAGUGAAACCUUCAUGGGGGAAAUGAGAUCGAAGUCUGGCCUGCUGAAGAUGGACGCCCUGUCUCUGUUUUUUAUUAUUUUAUUUUGCUUUCUUUUCCCUUUUUUUUAUUUUGUCCCUUUUUUGUUUUGUUAAAUCUCUUUUGCUUGUAUUUGUGAACUGGUUCUUCAGUUCUGUAAAAAUGGUGUUUUGUAAAGGGUUCAUGAUGUUUCACUUUAAAGUUGACACUGAAGUUGUUCAUGAACGGUGGAUCAUGCAUAUGCAGAAUUUAGAAUUUGGCCAAUUAAAUUAUCUGUUGUGAAGUAGGGGAGAUAAACUUUGACAUCUUAAUUCAAAUUUGACAGGCAGGUUUGUAUAUUGUGUAUGAACAGUAAAGUAGUGAUAAAGAUAUUUCAAUCAUAAAUAUCUGUUCUUCCACGAGCUACAUUUUAAAGAAUACAUACUUGAAAAAGACAGAUGAAACCUUUUUAUUACUUUUGGACAUUCAAGCUUUUAUUGAAUAAAGUCAUGUUUUUAAUAAGUUUCCCAUUAUCAGAUGGGUAGUUAUAUUUUGAGUUUUAUAUUCUUUCCUCAUGAGGAAGAGUUUAAGUGUUAUUUGUGGCAUUAAUAUUGAGAAACUACAAAAUGUUCUGAAAAUCUUAUUUAGUUUUAGGGAAAACUUAUACCAUUAAACUCAGUGGCAGUAAGGUAUCAUCUUUUGGUGUACUUUGUAUUAACUAGUUUAACUAAAACAGGAGUAUGUAAGAUGCAUUGUCUUUAAUUAUGUUAUCUGUGGGAAGGUGGAAACAACUUUUUUUUUAUUGCACAAUUAAAUGCUAGAAUUGUAUUUUCAUUUUGAAAUGAAAAAGGAAUUUUCUCCAAAAAAAAUUAUUCACAUAUUAGCAUUUUUUUAAGUGACUAGACAUAACAGGGAAAUAACAAACAAUUCUUACAAUUACCACCAGAUUGGCUAGGAGUUGAAAAUGUCUGUGACUUACUUAAAUGUAUUUGUUUAUCACUGAAUCUUUUUUUAAUCAUGCAAUGAUAGUUUUGGUACAAAACAACAAGAAACUUUUUCUUCUGAGAACUUGCGUGAGGAUCAAAUACUGUGACUUGUACUUACUUAACACGCUGUCUCUUUUGUUCUGUGUUCAUACAGUGCUUAGCGCAGUGGGCCCUAGUCCACUAGUAGGGCUCCUGUGUGCUAUGCUGAUGAUGAUCUACACAUUAAGGCAAAAUUACUUACUCUGGCAAUAUGUGCUCGGAAGAGGGGAGCAGAAGUAAUUUAGAUCCACUUAAGGUCUCUUUGUAAUUCCAGAUCAGUGUAAAGAAGCCCUACCAUAAAUAAGAACGAUACCGUCAUUUAUUAGUAAAUACCAGAGGUCAUUAAAAUAAUAUUAAAGCUCUUGCCUGAACUAGUAUAAGUCAAAAACUGAUUUGUAAAGUAGAAGUGACAUGCUUUGGUACUCUUUAAAGCAUUGCAAUUCAACUUGAACGGGUGAAUUAAGGAUGAUGUACAACAUGAAUGUCCUAAUUUGUCAGUUUAUAUGACAUCUGAAUGUUCUUUAUAGUUUUAUGGCUUUAUAUUUCUUUUUUAAUACCUUCUCAAGAAUAGAAAAGUUCUUUGAGGGUGUGUUUCAAAUUUAUUUAGUGAUAGUUUAUCAUUUUUUUUUGGAUUAGCAGUCACGCAGGAAUUUUUUAAAACUAUUUCUGUUUUCAGGAUUCUAGAUUUAUUUUUAUGACAGUUCCUACAGUAUUUUGUUGUCUGUGAAAUUGAUAUUUUUCUCAAAAUCGUACUGAAAAAUAUUCAGUUAGAUGCUCAGGAAAAUUUUGUAGAAAUCAAGUAAAAUUCUGAAAAUGUAGACAGGUUUCCAGAUCUUUGGGGUGAAGUCAGAUUUCCAUUUAAAAGGGAACAGGGAAGGACUUUUUGUGGAGAAAAACAAUGACCAUAGAUGUAUGUUUGUUAUUUUAAAGUAUGUAAUCAGAACAGGGUAACUAAUUUUAUUAUUUUAAAAUACUUAUCCAUUUCAUGGACUAUUCUAAUAAUUUUAUUACAGAUCAGGUCAUGAUUCAUUAAGUUGCUUAAGUGUUUUCCAAAUUUAAAGAAACUGGUAGUUUCAAUGUUGUCUUCAAGUACUGCUUGCAUGCUUAGAGUUUAGGUACAUACUUAAGUACCUUUCUGAGUUGAGGACCCUGAUUCAUCCACUGCUUAAAUAUGUUCUUAAUGCCACCCCUAUUCAAGGAAGUACUUAAAGUUAUUUAAAGAUAAAUACAUAUUUAAGUGUUUUCUGAAUAGGGAUUGCUUAAGUGUAUGCUGAAGUUAUGCAUGUGCUUAAGUACUUUAUUGAGCCAGGACCUAAAUUAGUGUAUAAUAUUACCGUUCUAGGCCCCAUUGCUAUACAUUUUUUUCACUUAUGAAAUCUCAUUGACUUCCAUGGGCUCUUGUACAGGUGAUAGGGUCAUUGCAGGAGAAAGUCUUUGCAAGAUUAGGGUCUUACUGAUCUGUUAUAUGGACCGUUAUGAUUUCAAGAAGUCAAGUAUGUAAUUGUGUGUCUACUUCGCAUGCACAAAUACUGUGGAUAUAUGUUCAGAUAUCUGUUUAGUUGCAUAGCUGGGAAUUUGUGCAAGCAAAUAUUUGCUUCCCGUGAACAUGUAAGCAAAUCAGAUAUACUUGCCUACAUUGCAUGUCUGACUUAAUGAGGCCAGUAAAGCAUUGAUGACUUGAAUUUAUGCAUGGGGUUUUUUUUUUUAAUUAUGGAAGAAGUUAUUUUGCAGUUAAUUUUCAGGCACUAAUAAUUUGAUUUUAUUUUUCUCUUUUAGAAAGCAAAAUGGCUUGGUCCGUUAUGUGUUAUGGACCAAAGUCCUUUAAAAUUUAACUAAAAAUAAAAUAAUGUGCUUGAAUAACAGGACUGCAGCAAAAAUCCAUUUGGAACUGUGUGCUUAUUUUUUCAUGUUCUACACAUUACAUUGCAUUGAUUUUUGUUUUGUAUUUUUAAUAUUUCCAAGUCAAACUCAAAUAUGCAUCUGGGCUGCAAAUUGUAAUACAGAUUCUUCAAAGUGUUCUUUUUGCUGUAUGACUCCUGUGAGCUAUAAUGGGAGCUGUACUGCUGAAACUUUGCACCAUGCUUUGAAAAAUUGCCUCUUAUUUUUUGAUUGGGAGUAUUUUUGUAUAUAUUAAUAACAGCCCCCCAAUCUGUGCAAAUGAACUGUAACAGCAGAAGGGUACUGUUACAGAAUUUGAGUUAAAAGCCAAGACUUUUUUACUUAUUGUAAAAAACAAAAAAAACAAACAAAAAAAAUAAAACAAACAAACAAAAAACAAAUUAAAAAAAGUUAAUUCCUAUUAGUAAUAUGCAUGAGGUAAUGUAUGGGGGCUGAAUUGGAUAGAGCAGUUACUUGGUAAUUUGGAACAGAUUAAGCAGUCCUUAGGUCCCAAGUAUGAUUAGAAGUUUUGUUUUGUUUUGUUUUUUUAAUCUCAUUGUUUAGGUUUUGUUGCUACUUAAAUCCCUUAAAUUAGAAAUCAGUAUGAGUAUUUAGUAGAUUAACUGCUGUAGAACGUAAUGUUUAACAAUCUGGUUAUAACAGUACUUGAAACCUCUAUACAUUUAAUGCAUCUUAGAAAUUUUCAUGUUAAACUAGUAGCAUGACCUGGAGAGUUUUAGGUGGGUUACAGCUGCAGUAUGAAUUCUGAGGGAAGUUUAGUGCACUAGGAAGGAAAUUGAGCAGGUAUCUUGGUAAAUUUAUAAUUUACUUUAAAGUUCCAUUUAACUUCAGAUGACUUAGACUCAGAAACAGUCCAGCUCCAGUGUUAUUUUUCCCCUCUCUUGAUUCCACAUGCAUUAUAAAAUUUGUGUGGAGUCACUGGAUUUUUUUUUUUCUCAUCCAAACUGGGUAGCAUUAGCAGAAAAUCAGAGGCAGGUGUCAGUUAACACAUACUUGGUUUUUUUUCUUUUUUUCCUUUUUUCUUUCUUUCUUUUUUUGACUAAUUUGGUUAUUUGCCAUUUCUGGGGAUUAAACUUUAAAAAAUGUUCUUCUUUUCUGUAUCUGAUGUUCUGUGUGCUAUUAGUGAUGCAGCCAACACGAACGGUUGUCAUGUGUAAAACAACUUUCGAUCACCGUGAAAACACCGCCCUGGGAAAGCGUCCAUGCUUGAUAUCGUUUGGUUCAUGAACAUUAAGUUUCCAGUACAGGUAAAAUCCCAGAUGAAGCCAAAGCCCUUUCUUUAUUAGCUCCUGCUCCUACUAUGACAAGUCUGAUGCCUGGCGCAGGGUUGCUUCCUAUACCAGCGCCAACCCCUUUGACCACUCUUGGUGUUUCGCUUGGUACUUUGGGAGCUAUUCCAGCAGCAGCUUUGGACCCUAACAUUGCAGCACUUGGAGAUAUACCACAGCCGCCAAUUAUGGGAAAUGUGGAUCCUUCCAAAAUUGAUGAAAUUAGGAGAACAGUCUAUGUUGGAAAUUUGAAUUCCCAGACUACAACAGCAGAUCAACUUCUUGAAUUCUUUAAGCAAGUUGGAGAAGUCAAGUUUGUACGAAUGGCAGGUGACGAGACGCAGCCAACACGGUUUGCUUUUGUGGAAUUCGCAGAUCAAAAUUCUGUACCUCGAGCUCUUGCCUUUAAUGGAGUUAUGUUUGGAGACAGGCCAUUGAAAAUAAAUCAUUCCAAUAAUGCAAUUGUGAAACCUCCUGAAAUGACACCACAGGCUGCUGCCAAGGAGCUGGAAGAAGUGAUGAAGAGAGUAAGGGAAGCCCAGUCUUUCAUAUCUGCUGCUAUUGAGCCAGAGUCUGGAAAGAGCAGUGAAAGAAAAGGCGGUCGAUCUCGUUCGCAUUCUCGUUCAGAAUCCAGGUCUAGUUCAAAAUCGCGAUCUAGAAGGAAAAGAUCACACUCAAAACUCAGGAGCAGAUCUCGCAAUAGAUCACUCUCUAGACACAAGGAUAGACGCCGUUCUAGAAGUCCUCCCAAAAAGCGUUCCAGGUCUAAGGAAAGGCGGAAAUCAAAAAGUCGUUCUCAUUCCCGGGACAAGAAGAAAGAUAAAGAGAAGGUCAAGGAAAAAGAAAAGGUCAAAGAAAAGGACAAAGAGAGAGACAGGGACAAAGAGAAGGAGAGAGACAGAGAGAAAGAAAGGGAGAGAGAGAGAGACAAAGAGCGAAAUAGGGACAAGGACAGGGACAGAGACAAAGACAAAGAUAGGGGCAGAGACAAAGAGAGAAACAAGGACCGGGAAAGAGUUAAGGACAAGGAGAAGGACAGGGACAAGGAGAAAGAUAGGGACAGAGAGAAGGACAAGGAGGUAGAUCAAGACAAAGAAAAGGAAGCAAAACUGGAGAAAGAGGGGGACAAGGAGAAAGAGGGGGAUAAGGAUAGAGAAAAGGUGAAGGACAAGGAGGGGGAGAAAGACAAGGAAAAAGGGAACAAGGAGAAGGACAAAGAUAAAGAGAAGGACAAGGAUGGGGACAAAGAAAAGGACAAGGAGAAGGACCGUGAGAAAGAAAAAGAGAGAUCCAAAGAGAGGGAUGAUAAAAAGAAGAAAGAUAAGAGAUCCCGAACACCCCCCAGAAGUUAUAGUUCAUCAAGAAGAUCUCGCAGUUCCAGCAGAGAAAGGCGCAAGAGGAAAAGCAGAAGUCCUUCGAAAUCUCCAAAAACAUCCAAAACAACAAAGAGAAAGUCUUCCCGGUCUCCCUCACCAAGAAGAAAUAAGAAGGAAAAAAAGAGAGAAAAAGAAAGGGAUUCAAAUAAUGAAAGAAAAGAGAGAGAGCGAUCUACAUCCAAGAAAAAGAGCAGUAAAGAGAAAGAAAGCCGGGAGAGAUCUGAGAAAACCACCACUACACUAAAGGAUAAAGGUCGCCCUAAAGAAGACCAGAAUUCUGAGACUGACAAGGAAGUUGACAAAGAUGCACAAAGGACAGAUGAAGUCAAGCUGCAGCAAAAUGGGAACUGUCAGCCAAAUGAAGAAAACCUCUCUAUUAAAAUAGAAGAAGUUUAGAGCUAAGAAUAGACCUAUCAUUUAACUGUGGAUUGAAAUCCAAAGCUUUUUAUUUCCCUGAAAGAGGAAGAAAACUUCAAAGCAAUCAACUGACCUUGUUGAUAGUACAAGUAGCUCUUCCAACUCUUGUGAUAGCUUUGUUGUCUUGCUGUAAAGCAAGAAAGAGCAUGGACAAGUAGUAAGUACCAUGGUAAGGCCAUCAGAACUAUUCAUCCAUGAGAAACCAUGCAUUUCCAUGAUGGCUGUAUUUAUUUGUAAAAUGAUUUACGUUAACUUUUGCCAAGAGCUGUUACAAAAGAAAGUGAAAAUUGAAAGAUGUAAACCUGUACUAUCCAGAGAAGCUGAAGAUCUACAUUGGAGGCUGUUGGAAUACUGUUAGUUGAUAAAUUUUGUAUUGGUUUACCUUGUGGUUUGUUUUGUUUUUUUUGUUUUUUUUUAAACAAAACUUCAACGUGUACUGUUUGAUAAUGUGCUUGGAAAUGGUGCAUAAGUAUACACACCUUCCCUUGUUGUACAUGAUAACUAUGAAAGAAAGGGUUUUUAAACAUAAUAGUUUUACAGUUUGUUAAAUACUCACUGACUAGUAAGUUUUCAUUUGCUCACUGCUUGAGAUUUUCAGUUUUCUUAUUUGGUCUUCUUUUCUUAUUUGUAUCCCUAAAAUGAAUAUUUCUUUUAAUUGUAAUUGAAAAUUGCAUGCUACUGUUCUGUACCUAGAAGGUACACUACCUACCAUGUUAUAGAUAAUAGUUUAGCAUACUGAGGGGUUUUUUUGUUUCUUCCAAAGGUGAGCACAUUUGUAUGGUAAUAUCAAAACUUCUAGUUUUGUUUUAAACCAUCUGUUCAGCUGAAAAUGGUACAGGUGCCAUUAUGAAAAUAAACUUUUUUUCCAAAGUAGGAUAUGGGAGCACAAGCAGAAGCUUUAGUGCCUUCUUAAAAUGUGGUAUACUAUUUUCUAGAAAUGUAUUUGUGCUAUUACUCCUUUUUAUUUAAAUCUUACAUGAUCUUGAUUUUGCUGUUUUACCAUCACUACCCCAGUGGACAAGAAUAUAAGUAGUUUGUCAGAACAGUUAUAUUUGGUUCGCUUGGUACAAGAUUGAAGCUCCUUUUUAAAAAAAAGACUUAUAGGUGAACUCAAAAGCUCAGUUUGGGGACCACAAUACUAUAUAGGAUAAAAGCUGAAUGCCAAGCAUUCUCUAAUUUCACCUAAAUCAGAGGGAGCCUGUUAAACACUUUUUCUACAUUUGGAUGGCCUUAAUCAUUACCUCUCAUUUACCUUCUCUAAUGCUGGUUGUGUGAUCUAAAAGGAAUCAUACAUAAAAGUUUUUUUGAAAAUGAAAGUAGUUUGAAAAGAGCAGUUGUCUAAUUCACAUGAGAGUUACAUGGUAGAAAUUCUUUUGCAUUUUUGGACAUAGUCUUUGGGGAGGGAACAUGUAAGUUAAGAAUGACACACAGCAACUAUUUUGUCAAGUAAAACGUAACUUGUGCUCUCUGAACUAAUUUAAUCACUGUAAGAUUUCUUAAAGUGAUACCUUUAGAACUUGCUUAUACUAAAAUCAAGUAGACUUAUUUUUAAUACAACUUAAUACAAUCAAAUGACUUAAUUGCCUUACCUCAUGGGAAGAGUUAUUUCUAUCAAUAUAAAAACUGAGUAGCAUAUUAGUUCCUUGGUUUCAAUUUGAUUUUCCUUGAUGCAGUCAUAGAAACCUCAACAUUGUAUGGGGAAUGAAAACUUGCCCUCUCUAUAAGGUAAACCCAGUUUUGAUUGUGAAGCUGCUUAAUCAACUCUUUGUUUUUGUUAGGAUUUAAAGUUUCUUGCCACUGUGUGCAUUUUAAGACUAUAGAAGAUGCUUUACCAUGUAAAGUAUAAACAGUCAUUUUUGUGAUGAUUAAGCCACAUGCAGUUGGCUGGUAAACAGCUUAUUCUGAUAAAAGAAUGACAAAUCUGUAUGCUAUGGAAAGACUGUGAAGGAUUGUGUCUUGCAACAACAGCUGUCUUAUUUAUGAUGUGUAAGUAGCAUAGAGCAAAGAGAUUGUUUGUUUGUAUACUUGUUAUCUUUGGUACCAUUUCACUAAUAAAAUUAAGUAUUUUAGAGGGAA